AUGGCUGUACACUCUAUAGCACGACAUCAUACUACUGGGCAGAGCGAGUAUCACCGACACGCUCCUCAACCGCCCCCGUCACCUCCAAUGGAAGAAGCCAAGUGCUCAUUGCCUUCCAUCUCCAAAUUGUUGGGGAUCGCUGACGCUGGAUCACCCACCACUAUCGCAUCACCAGACUCGACUUCCGAGUCUCCUCGUGUUGAAGCCCCAUCAGCAACCCGACGACAAGAAACACCGUUUACCGCCCAUGACAGCCGUCCAAACUCAAGUUAUUCACAACACGUCCACUAUUCAAGAGGUCUGCCGCCUACUCCCCCCCUAGGAUCGGAUUUCUCCUUCGACAACCACAGCUCCCCCGUCACCAAAUCAUCAAGGCAACUGUCCACCUCAUCCUUCUCCGGAGGUAGAUUUCUUGAAGCAACACCACCUCCUCUGGAUAGCGACACCCGUCGAGUCCAAGUCCACUUGCCACAGUCUGCAUCAACAGUAAGCGGCCCUCAGGGAACUGGCCAGCAGAACCUACCCAUGGGAUCGUUCCAAAGCCAAGCCGGCUACUUCCACUCAGCACUCCCAGCAACGACAACGGCUCAACCACAAAUAACAAACGUCUAUUACCAGCAGCCGCUGCCGCAGGCAUUUCCCCCCAUUACAGUUCCCUUGACAUACGCCCCGUCGUCAGGCAACAACCCGUGGCAACAUCACCACUACCUCAACCCCGUUCACGGGACCGCCUACCCGCAAAGCCAAGAUAGAUACAUCUGCCCGACGUGCAGCAAGGCGUUCAGCCGUCCGAGUAGUCUACGCAUCCACAGUCACUCCCACACAGGAGAAAAGCCGUUUAAAUGCCCACAGGCCGGUUGUGGCAAGGCUUUUAGCGUCCGCAGCAAUAUGAAGAGACAUGAGCGUGGAUGCCACAGCUUCAACAUCAACUCUGGUCCCCCGCCGUUGCGGUAG